GGGCUGGGCUCCCACUGAGCCUUUCACUUGGCUUCGCUUGCUGAGGGCGGACUGUGUUACUGUCUAACAGAGUCCUGAAUGCUGAAGCUUUCCUAACUCAAUCUGUGUGGACUUUGAACAGAGGUGGAGGUCAGGAAAUUUGGAAACUCAUCAGUGAUGGAACAAGACGUCAUGAGUUUGAGUGGAGAGGACUGCUUCGAGAGCAAGUCUCCCUGCUGUUCAGAUUCAGAGGCUUUGAGUCAAGGAGACAAAGAAUAUGAUGAUAUCCUGGAACUUAACCAGUUUGAUGGACUUCCUUACUCUUCCAGGUUUUAUAAACUGCUGAAAGAGAGGAGAGAGCUCCCAGUGUGGAGAGCAAAGGGUGAAUUUAUGCUUUCUUUGGCCAAAGGACAGUUUGUAGUUCUAAGUGGCUUUGCCAAAACUGGAAGAAGCUCACAAAUUCCUCAGUGGUGUGCUGAAUUUUGCCUCUCAGUCCAGUUCCAGCAUGGUAUGGUGGUAUGCACCCAAAUCCAUCCACAGCAGGCUGUGGAUCUCGCUCUGAGAGUUGCUGAUGAGAUGGACAUCAACAUUGGCCAUGAGGUCGGAUACACCAUCCCUUUGGAGAAUUGCUGCACCAGUGAAACUUUCCUAAGGUAUUGCACAGAUGAUAUGCUGUUGAGAGAAAUGAUGUCGGACCCCUUGCUUGAGCGCUAUGGUGUGGUGAUUGUAGACCAGGCCCACCAGAGGACUGUGGCCACCGAUGUGCUUCUGGGUCUUCUGAAGGAGAUCGCUCUGCAGAGGCCAGAGCUCCGUGUGGUCCUUCUGUCAGCUACUGAACCAAGCCCCAAGCUGCUGACCAUCUUCACAGCAUCAGCUCAACCAGGCAUCCAUCUGGAAGUCCCAGAAGCUGGGGAGGUGGUGUACAGCAGCACAGGUGACAACUACUUCUGUUCUGCUCUCUGUCUGGUGUUGGAGAUCCAUCGCUCAAAGGAGCAAGGGGAUGUGGUUGUUUUUCUGGCGACAAAGCAGGAAAUAGAUCUGGCACAGAACAUCCUGUGUCACAAGAAGAGUAGCUUACCACCUUAUCUGGGUGAGCUGCUGCCUAUAGCUGUGCAUCCUGGUCAGUCUGGGAGUUUACCAGUCUGUGGGGAGGAGGAGAUGGGCCAGACAAGAAGGGUGUUCCUCACACGCAGCCCAAACGAAGACUACUUCUGGGCCGUUAGCUCAAUUAAAUUUGUUAUUGAUGCCGGCUUGGAAAAAAGAUAUGUUUACAACCCCAGAAUCAGAACAAAUUCUGUGACCAUCCAGCCAAUCAGCUCAUGGCAAAGUGAGUGCCGCAGACAGCUGGCUGGUCCAACAGGCAAGUGUUUUCGCCUUUACCCAAAAGAGAGACAGCUUCCUGCAGAGAUUCGUCCCCAUAUAGUGGAGUCUGACAUCACCUCCACUGUGCUCUUCCUAAAAAGGAUGGAGAUAGCUGGGCUCGGUCACUGUGACUUCAUUGACAGGCCAGAUCCUGGAGGUCUGAUGCAGGCAUUGGAGGAGCUGGACUACCUAGCAGCUUUGGAUAACGACGGGAACCUGUCUGAGAUAGGCAUCAUCAUGUCUGAAUUACCGCUGGAGCCCCAGAUGGCCAAAACUGUGUUGGCCUCCUGUGAGUUUGACUGCGUCAGCGAGGUGGUCAUCAUUGCUGCCAUGCUAACAGCACCUUCUUGCUACAUGGUUCCUCCGGUGGAGCUGAAGCCAGAGGCGGCCCGAUGUCACAUGAAGUUUCAGCACCCAGAAGGAGACCACUUCACUCUCAUCAAUAUAUUCAAGGCUUUCAAACAAUGCCAACAGGAUGCUUAUUGUAAUGAGGAGAAGUGGUGUCAGGACUUCUUUUUUAACUAUGCAGCCCUGCUGACGGCUGAUGCUCUUCGAAAUGAGCUCACAGACACUCUCAAGAGAAUCGAGCUGCCCAUCUCAGCGCCUGCCUUUGGCUCCAGAGGCAACACAGUUAACAUCAAGAGAGCCCUGCUUGCAGGGUUCUUCAUGCAGGUUGCUCGGGAUGUAGAUGGAUCAGGAAACUACUUCAUUCUGACUCAUAAGCAUGUGGCACAGAUCUGUCCUCUCUCUGGAUACGGAGCCAAGAGCCCCAAGCUGGGCCUGCCAGAGUGGGUGCUCUUCCAUGAGCACACAUUCUCAGAGGACAACUGCCUCCGCACCAUUACCCACAUAACGCCAGAGGAGUUCAUUCAAAUGACACCACAGUACUUUUUCUACAACUUGCCGUCGAGUGAGAGCAAAGACAUCCUGCAGAGCAUUCUGAACCACGGAUCAUCUGAGAGCACUGAAAGCAAACGCUCAUCAUGCGAGGAACCCCAGGAAGGCCAGACGUCUGAUCGCUGCGUCGUACAGUGACUUACAGACCCGCUGUUGUCAGCCAUGUUUAACAUAAACCCACUGCCUAGCUUUUCUUAACACCAUCUGUAUAGCUGUGCUGUUGUCCCAUUAUUCCAGAUUACUACUUCUUGCAUUUGCUUCCCUCUGUGUGUGCCCCUCAUUCUUUUUUAAAUCAGUGUUCUAAUUUUAUUCUGAAUAGUAAUAUACACUGCACUAAUAUAA